CAUUCGAAAUGCGGAACUCUGAAUAUAAUUCAGAAAUGAUUCGCGUUUGAGACGGACGGGUAAUCUGGCACGGUUUUGUUGCCUAAAGUGUUGAACGUAAAGACAAAGAGAAAAUAAAUACAAAGAAAUUUUCUGCAUUUUUCAUAGGGAGCCAACCAGCCAGCUUAUUGGGCUGGCGUGUAAACAUUUUUUUAUUGUUCUAUAACUUGCAAAGAGCAUCAAAAAAUGGAAUAUUGAAAAGUUUCGAGCUGGUGUAAGUGUUUUCCGUGUAGCAGUUCAGUUCGGAGGUCGUUGGUACUUCAUUUGAUUCAUUCGCAGACCUCCUCACAGCAGAUUAGACGAGCGUGCAAAAAACACGUCUACAGCUAAAAAUAGCAAGCCAAAAAAUUUCUGUUGUUAAAAAUAUUCCGCUCGACGCAUUCGAAACAAGUGAAGUGACGUGAAUUGAGAUUUCAAAAGAAAAUAAAUAUCGUUCGCAUUUUUCGAGUUGUAAUUGUGCACAUAUGAUUACAAAAUAAGAUGUUAAAAAAUACAUAGGCGAAUACUCGUCUGUAUGUAUCUAUGUAUGUAUGUAUGUGGAUAAAUAGUAAAAUGAAAAGGCAAAAAAUUUCAUAAUUUCAAUAUUGACUCAAAGGCGGCAGUGGCAGUAGUAGUACCGUCACCAGUGGCGUUGCAGAGGCGGUGGCUGGGAAGCAGGCAAGCAAGGUGGCUAAACCCGUAGUGAUAGUUGUGCAAUUUAGAACAAGGGUGGUGUGGCGUAUUGCAGAAUAGGAUUGCUGCACAUAACUACAAAAUUAUAGCAACAAAAAUGCAAAAGAAGCUAUAGUAAAAUAAAAUCAGAAAAAAAUAGAAUCUCUAGCUCGAAUAAACACUGAAACCUUGUAAUUGCAGAUUUAUGUGACAAUGCGAACAAACUGACAAACCAAGGGGUGCACAGUACGAGUACACGGCGUGUACAAAUACACACACAAACAUAUGUUUGUUCAUAAAUCUCAAGCAGUGCAUGUUUCAUGAAAUUUUAAUUUAGUGUGUAAUGAUUUUUUCUAUGUGAUUUGUUUGCUGAAGGAAAGAAAUAUAGCAAGCAGAGCAGCCGAACGAGGAAACAAAUUUGAAAUUUCUGUUGCUGAGGGCAAGUUAGAAAAACUACUUUGGUGAGCUGAGAGGAUGACAGCAGCAGUUAUGGCUACAGAUACGAAUUGGGAUCCCGCACUUUCAAAACUCAUAACGUCACUAAAGGAGGCGGAAAAUCUCUCCAAUGACCAGGAAAUCGAUUUUCUCAAAGCGCUACUUGAAUCAAAGGAGCUGAAUGCACUCGUCAAUGUGCAUACCAAAGUGGCCAAAGUGGGUCGAGACGAUCGACUGGCGCCAGUGCUCUCCACAUCCGGACAGAUAUUAUAUGAGGUACUGGAGCAGCUGUCACAGCGUUGCCACCUGAACGAGGAGUGCAAAGAUGCCUUUCAUUUGUUGCAAGAACCGCAUUUACAGAGCCUUUUGUAUGCACACGAUGCCAUUGCCCAGAAGGACUUCUACCCACAUCUGCCGGAAAUACCGAUUGAAAUGGAUGAGGAUGAGAAAACUAUUAAAAUUGUACAGUUGGUGAAAAGCAACGAGCCAUUGGGUGCAACCAUCAAAACGGACGAAGAAACUGGGAAAAUAAUUAUCGCACGUAUUAUGCAUGGUGGCGCUGCUGAUCGUUCUGGACUGAUACAUGUGGGCGAUGAGGUUAUCGAGGUGAAUGGCAUAAAUGUGGAGGGAAAAACACCAGGUGAUGUGCUAAGUAUUCUGCAAAACUCCGAAGGCACGAUCACUUUUAAUUUAGUGCCAUCUGAUGGAAAAGGCGGCCAGCGCGAGUCUAAGGUGCGUGUACGUGCGCAUUUCGACUACAAUCCUGAAACAGAUCCCUAUAUACCAUGCAAAGAGGCAGGACUGGCAUUUCAACGAGGCGAUAUUUUACAUAUCGUGUCGCAGGAUGAUGCCUAUUGGUGGCAGGCUCGUAAAGAGUCGGAACGCACUGCCCGCGCUGGUCUAAUACCCAGCCGCGCGCUGCAAGAGCGGCGUAUUAUACACGAACGAUCACAAUUGGAGCCAAACGAUGCCGACUCGAAGAAGGGCUCUUGCGCUUCCAUAUGCACCACCCCGCCCGGUACACCCAUAAUGCAUUCUAGCAGUAGCACCUCCUCAUGUCGCCAGCCUAAAACUAAAAAGAUUAUGUACGAUUUAACAGAAAACGAUGACUUCGAUCGUGAAAUGAUCGCGACCUAUGAAGAGGUGGCCAAAUUAUAUCCACGCCCGGGCGUAUACCGUCCAGUAGUGUUGAUCGGCGCACCAGGCGUGGGUCGCAACGAGCUAAGGCGCCGCUUGGUGGCACGCGAUCCCGAAAAGUUCCGAAGUCCAGUGCCAUAUACCACUCGUCCGAUACGUACCGGUGAGGUUGCCGGUCGCGAAUAUAUAUUUGUGGCACGCGAAAAGAUGAAGGUCGAUAUUGCUGCUGGCAAAUUUAUCGAACAUGGCGAGUAUAAGGGUCAACUGUAUGGUACCUCUGGUGAGAGCGUCAAAUCGAUUGUGAAUGCCGGCUGUGUUUGCGUGUUGAGUCCACACUAUCAAGCUAUCAAGGCUUUACGAACCGUGCAGACAAAGCCUUUCAUAAUCCAUAUAAAACCACCGGAAUUUGAUGUGCUGAAGAAGACGCGCACCGAGGCGAGAGCCAAGUCGACGUUCGAUGAGAGCAAUGCCCGCGGUUUUACGGACGAAGAAUACAACGACAUGCUUAAAUCAGCUGAACGAAUCGAUUUCCUUCAUGGCCAUUUCUUCGAUGAGGUCAUAGUGAAUGGCGAGCUACUAACGGCUUUCGAACAGCUGAUGAACACGGUGCAACGCAUAGAGAAUGAGCCACUGUGGGCGCCAGCUGCGUGGGUACAAUAAAAUGGCUGAAUAGCUAGCUGGCUGGCUGGGCAACAAAGCGUCAAACAACCAGAAAAAGACAAACACUGCUAAUCAAUAAAAACCAAUGCCAAAAACUAAGAAAUAAAAGCAAAACACAUAUAAUACGUACACACACACAUACAUACACAACUUGAAUUUAAAUCUUAAUGAAAAUGGAGAUGAUUGAUGAAUUUGACAAUGUGAACACCAAAAAAUUUGAAAUAUUACAAUUUUCUUUUUGAAUUUUUUUAAUAUAGGAAUAGGUGAAAUAAUGUGAAUAUUUGCAAAAAAGUCGAUUUCUGCAUAUUAAUGAGACUCAAAGCUGAAAAUUUAUAAAAAAAAAACAAACAGUAGUGGAAAAACUCGACAAACUUUGUUGUUAAAAUGUAAAGGGAGUUGGAAAUGAACUACAUACAAAAAUGUACAUACAUACAUUCAUACAUACAUAUAUUCCGAACUUAAAUUGCUGAUGCACAAUAUUUUGUAGCAAAGUGUUCCCAAUAACAGUAGGGAAAUAACCCGAAUUACUUUUUUAACAAUAAAGAAAACGAAAUAUGGAAUAAAAAAUUCCUUAAACACUGUUGGCAACAGCAUUAAACAAUUGCUAUUUCUAGCAAAACAAAAUACAAAAUACAAAAUCGAAAAAGAGAAUAUAUCGGACAAACAUCCUAAAAAAUACUACCGAUUUUUAAAUUUUUCGCUGAAUUUUUGUCGAUGUAGUUAAAGAAAUUCUAAAUACAAACUGGAAUUUAAAAAAAAAACCAACAAAAAUAUAAGAUUUGUGGCAAGAAAAACUUAA